AUGGAAUCAGAAACUCAGGUGUGGAGAAACUCAAACACUGGAAAGCUCUUGUUCUUCAUACCGGUCCCGCCUCCUCCUCCUCCUCCUCCUCCUCCUCCUCCUGCUGGGGACGGGGAGGGUAGAAGAAGUGAAGGAGUCCGCUCUCUGCCAUUGUUCUCGCUCUGGAAGUCUGGGGCCGGGACGGGACGGCGCUGGUCGGGUACCGGGCGGCGGUCUGUCGCUAUGACGGACUCCGGUCCGAAGCUGGGGGUGCUGCUGCUGCUGGCGGUGCUGCUGCAGACUCUGGUGGUCACCAUCACGGUGCUGCACUUCACCACAGCUCUCAACUCGAUGAAGGAGACGUUUGCCAGGAGCAGCGUUUCGUGUCUGACGGGCGCCGACCUGCAGAGCAUCACGGCAGUGAGAGGAGAUCCGUGCUGGCAGGUCACCCAGCAGCUCCACCUGCUCAUCGAGAAGUCUUUGUCUCAGCGCUACCAGAGGCAGAUUUCAUCAGCAGUGAGAGAUGAGGUUUCUCGGGUGCUGCCCUCACUUGUGAUGGAGGACAGGGCUUCGCCUCGCCCCAAAGUGGCGGCUCACGUCACCGGCAGCUUCGUGCCCAAAGUGGAGCGAGUGGAGGGAGCCCCGGCCUCGCCGGGGCGCCGGGUCCAGGGCCAGAAGAUCUCGUGGUGGGAGGGGCAGAAGGGGCUGGCCUUCCUGCAGGACGUCCAGCUGGUGGACGGCGAGCUGGUGGUGCCGCGGCCCGGACUCUACUACGUCUACGCCCAGACCUACUUCAGACAUAGCCACUCUCUGGAGGAGGAGGAUGAGGAGGAGGAAGAGGAGGAAGAGCAGGGCGAGCGGGGCAGACCGCUGCUGCAGUACGUUUAUAAAAAGGUGGGCUCCUACCCGGUUCCCAUCCUGCUGAUGAAGACCAGCCGGACCUCCUGCUGGUCCCGCGGCUCCCAGUUCUCGCUGCACUCCGCCCACCAGGGGGGGCUCUUCCCGCUCAGCGCCGGCGACCGCCUCUUCGUCACCGUCACCAACGCCUCGGCCGUGGACAUGGACGAGAAGAGCAGCUUCUUCGGGGCGUUCCUCAUCAGCUAGGGGAGGAGGAACCCGGAGGGGACUCGAACCGUGUUCCCAUGACGGAGUCUGCCACUUUUCCAGCUUCACAGUCCAGAGAAGUUUCACAACACGGGUUUCUGGGGCAGAUUAAUCCAACUGAAACGUGAGCGACGAUCAGACUGAGGAGAGACGACCUGCAGACACUUCUGAGAUCCAGAUGUUCGGAUCUUAAAGGGGCGGGUGGAAGAUGAAUGCAAUACCAGUUUUGUCCACUAGGUGGCAGCAAAGAAUCCGUUUGAUUGAAAACUUUGAUUUAUGCUUUUUUAUUCACAGAAAAACCUGUGACUUCUCUGAAUUUUAAAAAAUUCUUUGUAAGCCUUUUUCACUCAUUUCACUUUUAUUUCCUUUUUAAAAAAAUAUCUUAUUAUGUUCUAGUAUUUUGGUUUAGUCUUAUUUUUAUUUUAUUUUCAAGCAUUGCUUUUUUUUCGUUCAAAAUUUUUAGAUUUAUCAUCUCUCACAUUUUAUUUCCAUUAUGAUUUUUUUUUCUUCAUUUAGAAUUCUUUAGAAUUCUUUGUCUUUUUUUCUUUUGCAUUUAUUCUCCUCAAACAGAAAUAUUAUAAUUCAGUGGGAGCUUCAUCUCCUCCACCUGCAGGAAACAAAGUCUGAUCACAUUUUGAUCACUUUUUUAAUGAAAAAGUGUUUUUAAGAAACAUUUGUGCAAAUCUCUCCUCAGUCUGAUAAAUGUGAGAUUUAUUUUUUCAGUUUGCUUAAAGAUGUAAAUAUUGCUCUAUGUUCCUUUUUUUAAAAAAAUUAUUUUUUUAACAAAAUUUGAAAAAUGAGGGCUUUUUUGUUUUCGUCAAACCGUUUCCAUUCUGGCAGAUUAAAGCUGUCACUUGACUUUCUUUGUGGGGGAAACCAGAGACGUGGAGGACGUGCAGUGUUUCUGCUGGCCGCUGCCCCGCGCCCCGUCUCCUCCUGCCUGGCUCGAUCCCGGUGACCGUUAAAGUGUCCCCGGCGCUCCGGGCUCAUGUUGUGAUGGAUUAAACGCAGAUGUUGGUGUAACGCUCCGGGCUGCAGCCGAACAGCAGAGCUCUGGGGCUGGUUUGUUUCACUGCAGCCUCAUGAACUCCAGUGGAUGAAACAAAAAAAAAAAAAAAAACGUUUAAAUGUCUCUUUUUACUCAUUUUAUUUACUUUUGUGGGAGUAAAAUGUCCAUUUAAUA